AUGGUACAAGCAAUUCGUAGUGGGGGAAGCUACCAGAAUUGCUCCGACAGAUAUUUACUGAAAGAUUCAGAUGUCACCGGAAGUUGUUUUCACCGCCAGUAUUAUCACGUAUACUCUGCGAGGAUAAACGCGUUAAAGCCACGCAUUGUUGAAGCUGCUAAAAAAAAAUAUGGUAACAUUGAACUGCAGUCGUUAAUGAAUCUAAAAAAACUCACACAAGCUUUUGUCGUCGGUAUUAUAAUCAAACGCGUUCGGCAGAGGCCUAGCGUUUUAAGAUCAAUUGCAGCACAUGAGCUCAUUUUACCGGAUGCAGUGACUGAUGAGAAUUUGCUGGAGAAGGAGGAUUAUUUGGAGCUUGAGGACGAUGAUCAACGUGUUCGUUUAAAUGGUGCAAUAUCUAUGAAUGAUGUGGCUACUGGUUGUAUUGUGGGUUUUUGGGGUGUCUUGCAGAGGGCUGAUGUGUUUGAAGUUCACGACAUUAUAUGGCCAAGUAUGGCACCACAGCCCCCUUUCCCAUCCAUAAAAAAUGAUAGGUAUAUAAUGUUUAUUUCUGGGUUGUCUAUAUCUGGAGUAAAAAGUAAUGAAGCGGCAGAUUUAUUUUGCUUGGAUAUGUUGGAAAAAUGGCUUUGUGGUUUUCUCCCGGUUUCACAGCGGGAACAAAAUAUAAUUCAGAGUAUUUGUCGAGUAGUGAUAGCUGGAGAGAGUAUUGCCAUCACCGAUCAAGGCAAAGAGUAUGCAACAAUGGCGAGAUACUUGAUUAAGACUGAAGAGUGUCCGAAUGUCGAAAGUGCAGCUAUUAUAGACAAGUUAAUUUCCAGAAUCACGGGUUCAAUUGAAGUGGAUGUGAUGCCUGGUGCUGGCGACCCGGCAACACACUUGAUACCACAGCAACCAAUUCAUAGAGCCGUUUUUCCAAGGGCUUCACUUUAUGGCGAGAUGUUAAAGCUAGUGCCAAAUCCAUACCAAUUUACGCUUGAUGGUGUCCAUAUGUUGGGGACCAGCGGGCAAAAUAUCAUUGACUUGAAAAGAUUUUCCGAAAAACUAACAAGUAUUGACCUUUUAAAGCGUGUGCUCCUAUACCAGCAUAUUGCUCCAACAGUACCUGACACUGUGGAUGGUUUCCCGUUUGAAGAUCGUGAUCCUCUAGUAAUUGAAGAUAAUUACCCUCAUGUUUUUUUUGCGGGCAAUCAGAGCCAUGCAGAAUUUUCGACAGUGGAAUUUGAGAACGGGCGAAAAACUCUUUUGCUAUCGAUACCCAGAUUUUCAAGAACGAAAUCUGUGUUACUCGUUAAUUUAAGAACACUUGAUGUGAUUGAACAAAGUUUUGAUUACGAAAAUUUUGACUAA